AUGUCGGGCUUUGAUCUCGCUAUCCUCGGAGACGGCGCCGCCAUCCCGCCCAUCAAGGCCGGCGGCGUGCGCACCGUGGUGCUGCCGCCUGCGCUGGCGUACGGCGCAAAGGGGGACGGCUGCCUGUACGGCCGCGACAGCAGCUGCCGCAUCCCCCCAAACAGCGAGGUGGAGCUGACCUUCCGAUACAUCGGCCUCGGCUACGGCAAGUGA